UGCGUGUUUAGCGACUCCUAUUGAUCAAAAUCUGAUUCAGGGUAUAUGUAUCCACGAUGUCCAAGUUGUUAAAAAGUUGUCAGCUUUUUAAAGACAAGGUGAAGGUUCAGAAUGUUUCCAGACAUUUGUCUCAGUUAACAGGUUUAAAUGAAGUUGUGAUUGUGAAUGCUGCCAGGACUCCUAUUGGGUCAUUUCGUAGUAGUCUUGCAGCUGUUCCAGCAACCAAGCUGGGCAGUGUGGCUAUUCAGGGGGCUCUGCACAAGGCAGGAGUAGCACCAGAUGCAGUGCAGGAGGUGUAUAUGGGCAAUGUGUGUCAGGCUUCCAAUGGACAGGCACCUGCCAGACAAGCAGCUUUGGGAGCAGGCAUUCCUAAUACAGUACCUUGCUGUACAGUGAACAAGGUGUGUGCAUCUGGUAUGAAAGCUGUCAUGAUGGCAGCACAGUCACUAAUGUGUGGAUCACAGGAUGUAAUGGUUGCUGGUGGAAUGGAAAGUAUGUCUAAUGUCCCAUACUAUCUGAAAAGAGGGGAGACACCAUAUGGGGGAGUGACACUUACUGAUGGCAUAGUGCUUGAUGGUCUUUGGGAUGUCUACAAUCAGAUUCAUAUGGGCAGCUGUGCAGAGAAUACUGCCAAAGUCCAAGGGAUAACAAGAGAGGAGCAAGAUGCCUUUGCUGUUGAGAGUUAUACCAGGAGUCAGAGAGCUGCAGAAAGUGGUGUUUACAAGAAGGAAAUUGUGCCAGUCACAAUUCCUCAGAAAAAAGGAGAUGAUAUAGUGGUUACAGAAGAUGAAGAAUAUAUGAAAGUGAACUUCGAAAAAUUCAAAACGCUAAGAACUGCAUUUCAGAAAGAUGGCACUGUUACUGCAGCUAAUGCCAGCACACUCAAUGACGGAGCAGCAGCGCUUCUUUUAAUGACAGAAAAAGCAGCAGCAAAAUUGAAUGUCACACCACUAGCAAGAAUUAUUGGCUUUGCAGAUGCUGCUACUGCUCCAAUAGAUUUUACUAUUGCUCCAGUUUCUGCGAUGCAAAAGGUUUUGUCAAUGACAUCUGUCACAAAAGAAGACAUUGCCAUGUUUGAAAUAAAUGAAGCCUUUAGCGUAGUAGCACUUGCCAACAUCAAGCUUUUAGAUUUGGACCCGAGCAAAGUAAAUAUUCAUGGGGGAGCUGUCAGCAUAGGGCAUCCAAUUGGCAUGUCUGGUGCAAGGAUAACAGGUCAUUUGGUUCACAAUCUCAAAGCAGGAGAAAAAGGACUAGCUGGAAUUUGUAAUGGAGGAGGAGGAGCAUCAGCUAUUCUCAUAGAAAAACUUUGAUAAUUGUUGAGAUAAAAUCUGAAAAUGCUGUGUGGGUCCACAUGUGCAGAGUAUGAAUAUUCUGCAUAGUGAGUUACUGGCCCAUAUUCUAAAGGAAAAGAAUUUGAAAGAAAAUAUUAUGAUGUAACAGUAUUCACUUAGUGGAGAAUGAAUGCAAACAAAGACUUUAUAGGUUCCACAAUUAUAUGUUUAUAUUUAGAUGCAUGAUUCUUCAGUGGAAUGGUAAAAUAGACAAAUACUUUGACAUACAAUUUUGCAGCAGUGGUAUCCCAGGCAGCUAAGUUUUAAAAGUGUAGAUUACUGAUGGGAGAUGUAUUUAUUUAUAAUGUAUUAUUAUUAUUUAAUGUACAUUGUUGAAACAGGUUCUACGUCAUAAUUAUCAGAUCUAAGGUAUUGUUUUUUUCUUUAUGAUGAUCAUGAAAGACUAGAAAUUUGCUCAACACUUGCACAAGUUUUCAGUUUCAUAUGUGUGAUCUGUCUUUUUUUGUAGAAAAACUUGUUUGAGCUGGCUUAUGCAAAGUACCAACGUAAUUGGUCUCUUCUAAGUCGAUUUGAAUUAUAUUUACAUGCUGAUAUUUUCCUACCUACAACUUGGCAGGACAUUAUUUACAAAGACCAAAAUGGUCAAGCCUCAUUCUUUGCCUUUUAACUGCAGACUGCACCCAACUUUAGGCGUACAAAGAGGGGAGUUGUCUCAGCAUAUUUUAUGCACGUACACUUUCAUUUAAUUAUUGGGGGUUCUGUGUGGGUCCAAAAACAUAAUUGUAAUUAAAAUUAAUUGUAAAAAGAUGUCA